AUGGCCACAACAUUCGCAUUGCUACCAAUAAUCGAUAUCUCAGCCCUCAGAGACCACCCUCCAGAGCAACUCCCCGAACUCAGCCAGCGUCUCUACCACAUCUUCACCACCACCGGGUUCGCAUACCUAAUCAAUUGCCCACUGAGCUUCACUCACGACGAGGUCUUUUCCAUGGCCCGAGACUUCUUCUCCCUCCCUCUAGAAGAAAAGAUGAACCUCGCCAAGAAGUCCUUUCGACCGCAGAACAAAAACGCCUAUCGAGGAUACUUCCCAACCCAGCCCCUCCACAGCACCAACAACUUAAAAGAAGGCUUCGAAAUCGGCCCUCCCUCCACUCCCACCCCCACCACCACAACCACAACCAACAUCCCCCUCUCCGAGCCGAACAUCUGGCCCACCCACUUCCCCUCCCGUCAACCCCUCGAAACCCUCUACACCGAACUCCAAACCCUCUCCACAAACCUCCUCUCCCUCCUCGCUCUAUCCCUCAAUCACCCGGCCGACCUCUUCACCCCCUACCUACUCAACUCCCUCAGCACCCUCCGUCUCCUCCACUACCCACCCCCACCUCCCCCCUCCAUCAUAAAUCCCACCUCAGACAAUGAAUUAUGCUGCACCCCCCACACCGACAGCGGAAUCCUCACUCUCCUGCACCAAGAUCCUACCGGCGGAUUAGAAGUCCAGAAUGCAUCCGGGGAUUGGAUUCCAGUACCGUAUAUUCCUGGAUCAUUGGUGGUGAAUAUUGGGGAUUUGAUGGCCAAGGUAUCUGGGGGACGGUUCGUGGCGACGAUGCAUCGGGUUAGGAUUGGGGGUUGGGCUUCGGAGGGGGAGGGAGAGGGGGGUGGUGGGAGUGGAAAGGGAUUGGGGCUGGGGAGGAUAAGUGUGCCGUUUUUCUUUGAGCCGGGGGAGGAGUGUGUGGUUAGGGAUUUGUGUGGGGGUGGGGAUGAAGUGGUGUAUGGGGAUCAUGUACGGGCGAAGAUGAGGACGUGGGUGGAGUAUCAGGGUGUUGAGGAUUGA